UCAAGAGAAAAUAACCACCAUUUUUCUACAUGUGUCACAAAUUCUUCGUCAAGAAACACCCAGUUUGUCAAAGAAAAAGCAACCUCAUGAUAUGGAGAUUGGUACUGUGCUAUCAACAUGGCAUGUAAGAGUUCAAGAGUCAUCAUAUGAAGUGGAAACCAUAUCGACCAAGACAACGAAAGCUUGAAUCAAGAGAACAGGUAGAUAGAGGCCGGAAAAAGAGGCAAAUGGGGAAGCUUUGCAAAUUGUCAGAAGAGAUGGUCGGGCAAUUCCUUUCAAGAUUGCCUCCUAAAGCAUUGAUGCGCUUCAAAUGUAUUCAUAAGUCGUGGUACAAUCUAAUAACUUCCCCUAGCUUUAUAGCCAAGAACCUUUCUAAUUCCAAGAACAACAAGUUUGCGUCCACCACUAGAAUCCUUUUCAAGCGUACUGUCCUCAAGGACAUUAAGGAUAAGAAUGAAAUAUUUUAUGUCCUUAGGGACAACAACAAUGAUAGGAGAGACAUUUUCCUUUCUUUACUUGAUCUUUGCAACGAUAAUGAUGGUGAUGACCAAAACCUUCAUUCUGUUGUCGACGACCUUAUUGUUCCACUUCCUUUUAGUAUAUGUCCGUUUAGUUUACAAAUUGCAGGUCACUGUGAUGGGCUUAUUUGUCUUGUUAAUAUUGUUAAUGAGGAGGUUGCUUUGUGCAAUCCAGCGAUAAAGGAAUUCAAAUUUCUUCCUAGGUCUUCCCUUCUUCUUCCUCGCAGACAUCCAGAAGAUGAUGACGGCAUAGAAUCGGAUGUAAAUGCUGUCGGAUUUGGCUAUGAUUCUAAAACUCAAGAUUACAAGAUUGUUAGAGUUAUAACAUAUAUUACAGGGAUUGCUUAUACACUUCCUUCUAAAGCAGAGGUGUACACAUUGAGUUCUCAUUCUUGGAGAGAGAUCAAAAUUGAUAAAGAAUGUCACGUCUUUUGGACUCCUUCAUUUGAGAUACACUUCAGGGGAAUUUAUUAUUGGAGUGCACUGACUUAUCCUACUCCAGGAGCGGAUAAGGAAGCCAUCUUUGCAUUUGAUAUGAGUGAAGAGACAUUUGAAGAGAUACCGAUUCCAGAUGGUAUUUGUGCCAGAGACGGUAUUAUUAAGUUCCUUGCUGUGUGGAAAGAAUCUGUUGCUCUUAUUUCUUGCAAAGGAGAUGGUCCUAAAUCCUUCGAUAUAUGGGUAAUGGAUGACUCUAGUGGGAUUAAAGGUUCAUGGACAAAACACUUGGUCAUUGGACCUAUAGAAUGCGAGAUUCCAUUGGUAUUUUGGAAGAGUGAUGAGCUUCUUUUGGUUAUCUCUGAUGGACGUGUGGUCUCCUAUCACCUUGGUAACAAAACUAUCAAGUAUCUUCCGAUUCAUGGCGUGGAAGAUCCCCAAUACAUCCAAGCUGUUGUUUGCGUAAAUAGUAUGAUUUCAGUUAAGAAGACCAAAGGUUGAGGCAUGCAUAGAUAUACUUCUAUAGAAUGAUGUGGCCCAACGAAUAGGUCCAUUUAAAUUGAUUGGACCUAUCUUUUUGCGAUGAUAAAAACGGGUCUAAUUAAUCUCAUAUAUUUUUGUUGUAUAAUUAAUCAACUCUGAAUAAGAAAAACAAAAACAAAAA